AAUUAUUUUCACUCGUUCGUGAAAUACGUCAAAAUUACCGGUAUAAAAAGUCACGCAAAUUUUUGGGCGGCCAUGAGCCGCAAUUGAAAUUAAACACCGCAAUUAAUCACGUUUCGAAUAAAUUUCAUAAUUGCAAAGAUAGGAAGCUGUACGCCUCCUAGUAUCUGCAAAAAACCGAAAAAGCAUAAUAGAUUAAACAUCAAAUCACCUAGAAAAAUUAUACCAAUACAGCCUAAGUUUAAAUGAGUGACUGCCAAAAAAAUUGUCCGCGGUUUCCUGGAGAAACGGAUUCCACCUCAUCUCAUCCUCGAACAACAGCAGAUCCCAAAAGCGGUAAUAACCAAAGCAGAAACGAAAGAAUCGGAAGUCCGCUGCAGAGUCAGAAAUCUGUGAACAUCGUAGACACCAAGGACUCCCUGGCACCCCGUCCAAGGAGCGAAAGACGCAACGAAAAAGAAAUUCUCUCUGCUAAUAAUUUCACAGCGGAAAGUCAUUCGGGAAAAAUUUCCGGUCAUCAAAUGGCUGAAAACACUUCUGGAAAUCCUGGAACCUCUUCUGGUUCAAGAAUAGCUGGCAAUUUGAAUUCUAAUCCGACAGCAAAAGAACGUGCGCUUCGAAGGGCGGAGGAGCGCCGGGCAAAGUACGAAGAAUAUUUGCUUACCAAAGGUUUUCGGUACUUUGACCAAUUUUGUCAUUGCCGGGUGUCGUGUCUACUGGACAAUUUCAGAAGAGAUGAGUUUGUAAUUAGCAUAAUAAAAUCUUUCUGUUUUUUCGGAUUCGCGAUGAAAUUAAUCAACGAAUUGGAUGGCUUGACCAUAAUCAACUAAUCGAAAAUGAAUGAUAAAAAAUCAAAGGACUUUCAUAGGAAAUAAAAUAAUAAUAAUAUUCUAAAUUCACAUUUAUUGAUAAUAUAAUUGAACCAAAUUUCAAUCAUUUUCCUAAUGAAUUUCUCUGCUUCAGCAAAUUCUUCAUCAUACAAAGUAGACAGACACUGAUGACCAGAACAAAGAGUGUGAGGAAAUAAGGAAGUACAUUUCUCAAAUCUUCGAUCCCCUCAUUCGACGCUGAAGUUUCUGCUUUCGCCGAUUUUCUGACUACCUUAAAAGCGAAAUCUCUUCUCCAGUCGGUGACAUUGGCCUUUAAUUUUUCCUGAUGGUCAACGAUACUCCUUGAUCGUCUGAGAUGAUCCUUAGGACAGUUUAUACCACAGUCUUGACCCUCGAGGCAUCCGGUGACCUUGAUACUGAGAAUCAUUUCAUCGGUCUCCUUCAUAUUUUCAAACAUAAAGGCUUCGAAAAUUAAAUAACUUUCAAGCGGAGCGACCCUGUACUGAUCGUUAGGACAAAUUUCCGGGAUCUCAGGGUUCCUACAACCCUCUGAAUCCAAAAUCCAUAAACUAUUCAUCACUCGAGGUUGUAAACGAGUCUCGAUGUACUGGACAUUGACUUCCCCAAUCCUGGAGUACUUCCAGCCUGAAAUCAUCCGAGUAUUU